GUGCUGCAGCAGCUGAAGAGGGGGUUCCUAAUCAAAGCGCAUCAGGGCCACGUUCAUUCUCCACUGGAGGGCGAGUGGUACAAGAGCACUGGGACACUCCGGCAGCAGGGAGACAGGGCAGAGAGUCGGAGGGAGACGGGAUAGAGCAGCAGCCACUGGAAGACACACGGGCAGAGACACAGACAGACAGACAGACAGACAGAAUAUCCCGACCCGGACUCUGCAAAGCAUUGUUUCUUUUCGCCGUCGGAUUAAACCCGUCCCUAACACCGAUAUCAAGCCAAGACAUGAGCUCCUCCCACUGAACGUUAUUGAUGCUGAACUGAGUGGUCCAGUGCAAUCCUGCAGUGUUUCCCUCCCCUCAAUUUUCUGUCCCUCUGUCACUUGGUUUGUGAGCAGCCAUGACAAAGUCCUACGAGUUUAACUGGCAGAAGCACCUGCCUGAGUUCAUGCAGGAUGGCGCCUCCUUUGACAGGUUUGAUGAGGACUACAUUUUUGAGCCCAAUUGUCAGAUGACGGUGGACGAGUUUGGCUUUUUCAUCUGCUGGAAGAGUGAGGGAAAGGAAGGCCAGGUUCUCGAGUGUUCCCUCAUCAACAGUAUUCGUGUCGGUGCGGUCCCCAAGGACCCAAAGAUCUUGUCAUCAUUCGAGGCCAUUGGAAAGACAGAGGCAGACCUGGAUGGCUGCAUCAUCUGCAUCUGCAGCGGCACAGACCUGGUCAACCUCAACUUCAUGUUCAUGGUGGCGGAGAACCCAGACACAGCCAGGAAGUGGAUCGAGGGUUUGAGGUCAGUGAUCCACAACUUUAAGGCCAACAAUGUCUGUCCAAUGACCUGCCUCAAGAAACAUUGGAUGAGAAUGUGCUUCCUGACCAAUGUGAAUGGGAAGAUUCCUGUGAGAGGCAUUACUCGAACAUUUGCAUCUGGAAAGACAGAGAAGGGGAUCUUUCAGGCUCUAAAAGAUCUUGGCCUUCCUAGUGGAAAGAAUGAUGAGAUCGAACCAUCAGAUUUCACCUUUGACAUUUUCUACGCGCUCACACAGAAGAUCUGCCCUCGCACAGACAUAGAGGAACUCUUCAAGAAGAUCAAUGGGAACAAAACUGAUUAUUUAACUGUAGACCAGUUAGUCAGCUUUCUGAAUGAAGUAAGCUCUUUAUCAUUCAUUAACUUCUCUGUGUUUUUGCUUGCUCGCACCCCAUCUCUGCAACUCCCCCUGCUUUACCCCCGUCCCGCUCUGGGUCAAAGUUGCCCUCCAGCCCGGGCUGCACAUCAUCCAAACUCUAGAGACGAAGAGCUGAAGAAGAAAGGUUACAUGUCCAGCGACGGGUUCUGCCGGUACCUGAUGUCAGACGAAAACGCUCCAGUUUUCUUGGACCGGCUGGAGCUGUACCAGGAAAUGGAUCAUCCGCUGGCCCACUACUUUAUCAGCUCCUCCCACAACACUUACCUGACAGGGCGACAGUUUGGAGGGAAGUCUUCAGUAGAGAUGUACCGCCAGGUCCUGCUGUCCGGAUGCAGAUGUGUGGAGCUUGAUUGCUGGGAUGGAAAAGGAGAGGACCAGGAGCCCAUUAUCACUCAUGGCAAGGCCAUGUGCACAGACAUCCUGUUCAAGGAUGUUAUCCAAGCCAUCAAGGACACAGCAUUUGUGACCUCAGACUACCCUGUUAUUUUGUCCUUUGAAAACCACUGCAGUAAACCACAGCAGUACAAGAUGGCAAAGUAUUGUGAGGAGAUCUUCGGUGAGUUUCUCCUCAAACAGCCUCUGGAAAACUACCCGAUUGAAUCUGGGCGCCCUUUACCCUCUCCAAAUGACCUCAAACGUAAAAUCCUCAUCAAAAACAAACGCUUGAAACCUGAAGUUGAACAGAAACAGCUAGAGGCCUUUAAGAAACACAUGGAGGCAGGAGAGACCAACACCCCUGCUAUCAUUAUGGGAGAGGAGAAUGAAGAGGACACAGAGAAUGGUGUAGGAGAAAAGGAGAUUGAGGAUAAGGAUUUGAAUUCAGAGGCCCCCGGCAGUCUGUCAGAGGCAACCACUGAGAAAGAGGCAAGUAGCAUUUCCCAGAGUAACGCUGUCCGCUCAACGAAAGAGGAAGAACGCAGCAACAGUAUAAAGAAGGCGCCUGACGACGAAGCAACAGAGAUGUCUGAAGCCACAGAAGCAACAGACGCCACAGAUAUCUCAGAAGCAUCAGACCUAGACAAUAACAAGAAGGUUGCGGAAGAGCCAGAGGACUCCGAAGAGGCACUGAUAGCUCAGUACACCUACGUAGGAGCCACCACCAACAUUCACCCAUGGCUCUCAGCCAUGGUGAACUACGCACAGCCUGUCAAGUUCCAGAGUUUUGAUGUGGCAGAGGAAAGGAACAUCCACCAUAACAUGUCAUCUUUUAACGAGUCCGUCGGUCUGGGCUAUCUGAAGACGAACGCCAUAGAGUUCGUCAACUACAACAAACGUCAGAUGAGCCGUAUCUACCCCAAAGGGGGCCGGGUGGACUCCAGUAAUUACAUGCCUCAGAUCUUCUGGAACGCAGGCUGCCAGAUGGUCUCACUCAACUUCCAGACCCCAGAUCUGGCCAUGCAGUUGAACCAGGGAAAGUACGAGUACAACGGCUCCUGCGGUUACCUGCUGAAGCCUGACUUCAUGCGGCGGUCAGACAGGAUGUUUGACCCUUUCUCAGAGACGCCAGUGGAUGGAGUCAUCGCUGCAACCUGCAGCGUACAGGUGUUUUCUGGACAGUUCCUGUCAGACAAGAAAAUCGGCACGUACGUUGAGGUUGACAUGUACGGGCUGCCGACAGACACCAUCCGGAAGGAAUUCCGCACAAGGAUGGUGAUGAACAACGGACUGAACCCAGCCUACAACGAGGAGCCCUUUGUCUUCAGAAAGGUGAUCUUACCAGAUCUGGCAGUACUGCGCAUCGCCGUCUACGAUGACAACAACAAGCUGAUUGGCCAGCGCAUCCUGCCUCUGGACGGCCUGCAGGCUGGCUACCGUCACAUUUCGCUGAGGAACGAGGGCAACAAGCCCCUGUCGUUGCCCACCAUCUUCUGCCAAAUCAUCCUGAAGACCUACGUGCCAGACGGCUUUGGAGCAAUUGUCGAUGCCCUAUCAGACCCAAAGAAAUUCUUGACCAUAGCAGAAAAAAGAGCUGACCAGAUGAAGGCAUUGGGGAUUGACACGAACGACAUAGCGGAUGUUCCCAGUGGAAGCUCAAAGAACGACAAGAAGGGAAAGGGUAAAGGAGACACUGUGAAGGCCAGUGUGACACCGCAGACCAGCUCAGACAUGGCCCAGACCUCCAACUCUGCCCAAAAUAACACAGCAGAAACCAAGAAGGAUAAUGCACUCGUGCCUAAUGUCAGCAUUGAUGACUUGAAACAAAUGAAGACGUACCUUAAAUUGCUUAAAAAGCAACAGAAGGAGCUCAACACUCUAAAGAAGAAACAGUCAAAGGAUCAAAACACAAUGCAGAAAGCCCACUGCACCCAGAUGGACAAGAUGGUGUCUCAGCAUGAUAAGGAGAAGACAACCCUGGAGAAACUAUUAGAGAAAGCCAUCAAGAAACGGGGGGAAAACAACUGCCAAGAGCUGAAGAAGGAGACGGAGGAUAAGAUCCAAACACUGAUUGCCGAUCACAAAGUCAAGGUAAAGGACAUCACAGCACAGCACACUAAAGAGUGGUCAGAGCUGAUCAGUAGUCACAGCAGCGAGGAGCAGGAGAUGAAGGACAGCCACGUCGCACAGCAGUGCGAACACCUCAAGAAACUCUUAACCACUGUCCAGGAGCAGCAGACCAUGCAGCUCAAACUCAUCCAUGAGCGGCAGAGCAAAGAGAUGCGUGCCAACCAGGCCAAAAUGUCCAUGGAAAACAGUAAAGCCAUCAGCCAGGACAAGUCCAUAAAAAACAAGGCAGAGAGAGAGAGGAGAGUGCGAGAGUUAAACAGCAGUAACACCAAGAAGUUCCUGGAUGAGAGGAAGAGGCUGGCCAUGAAGCAUCAGAAGGAGAUGGAGCAGCUACAGAAAAACCAGAGAGAACAGUUGGAGAAACUGGAUAAGUUCAACGAGCAGCUUUUGAAAUCACACCAUGCAAACAAAAAGGUUCAAGGCCAAGGACAUGCAGCAGAUGGUGAAGUUGGAGGAGGAGAUGGACCGCAGACCUGCCACGGUGGUGUGAGCAACUGAGACACAAGCACACACACGUGUAUACACACACCACACACACACACACACACACACACACACACACACACA